GUACGGGAGAGAUCGUGUAAAAGUUGAUGAGGGACGGGGUCACCAUCACUGACCAUGUAGGGAGAACAAUGGCAGCCAGGCAUCUCGAGGUCCAUGAGGAGGAGUUGGAGAUGGAGGACCUGCAGAGGGCCGAGGAGGCAGCUGCCACAGUGACAUGUAUGCCGAUGCAUGACGACCGAGUUCGUGGCCGUGGACGGCAGUUAGCUGCCCAAGGGCCGCAGACUGUUAGGAUGGAUGAGGGAGCGGUCGAUGGUAGGCCAGUGGACGACGAGCUGUCUAUCCUUAGAGAGAGGGUCCGCGUCCUUGAGGCGGAGCAGGGGUCGACUCAGGUGCAAAACACCGCACGACAGCCUUCAAGGCGAAAAGCCGACUUGUCAUGGCUCAGGACAGAGGGCACACGUGCACCGUCAGGUGUUGUUGUGCCCCACGAUCGUCGCACGCUGCAGACAAGGUUGGAUAGUUGGGCAAAGGGAGGCCUGCAGCAGCAGUAUGAGAGGUUGUGGGCCAGAGCCUUCUUAUUGCUUGAGUCUUCUCCUGCGCGACAUCACGCGUUUCUCGUGGGUGCGACCGAUCUUGAAGAACACACACAAGGUUGUGAUGUUCUUCACAAGGCCCUCUCGUAUCAUCGGUCCUUCAAGGAGCAGGGGCAACUGGAGCUGAUCUGGCCAUGUGACACACGGUUCGGGUCAGCAUAUCAGAUGGUGGAGCGACUUACCGAUCAGAAGAGGGUAUUGCGGAUGGUUGUGGGCAGUGUGAGAUGGCGGAGCACCCUCUGGAGGGGGAAGGCGGGGCAGGAUGAGCGCCCUGUUCGACAGCUUGUGUUGUCGGCGUCAUUUUGGGAUUGUGCGCACCGCGUGCAGGAGGUCAUGAGGCCAGCUUAUAGCCUGUUGCGUUCCAUGGAUAGAGACGGUUCCUCCCCCCCCACCCUUUGGACGUUUGUUGACAGUAUCGCAGCGCCUGUGCGCGACAUGGGCCUACCAGAGGCAGACGAGGCARAGAUUAUGGAGAGGGUUGACUACCGUUGCGGCAUGAUGCGCCAGCCGGCACAUGCGCUCGCAUACCUUGUUGACCCGCGACGGCGUGAUGUGAGUCUCCKCGCUGACACUGACAGCGCAUUGGUGCAGAGUGCACUGCACCAUUUGGCUACGUACGCGGAUGGUGGAGAGGGGUCCGAGGAGCAUACUACGAUGUGGUACGGCUUGUACUUGUUCCACCAUGAUGAUCCCCACGCAGACCCCAGGCCCAAAUGGUGGACAAACCCCGUUUCUAUCGCGCAGGCGAAGCACGGGGUGCACCCUGCGUGGUGGUGGUAUUUGCAUGGUGGCGACUUCCCGCGGCUGCAGGAAGUCGCCAUCAAGUUGCUCUCUAUGUGGUCCACUGCCUCUCCAUGUGAGAGGAAUUGGGCCACACAUGACUUCACUCACACGAAGAGGCGCAACAGACUCUCGAGUGAUAGUCUGCGGAAGCUCGUGUUCAUUCAUUGGAACAUGCAGCUUCUGCAGGCGAGGUCGACUUCCUGGAAGGGGUAUGUGGAUGUUUGGGAGGAUUUGGUGGAGGAGCCGCCGAAGCCAGUGGUUGGCGAUCCUUCAGAGGAGGUGUACGCCGAGGGCAUGAUGAUCCCUGAGGAGGUGGAGGCAGACUUGCGCAGCCGGCGCAAGGAGGGGGGUGAUCGUGCCAGUGCGCGCCURUUGCAGGCGCGAGAUGAUGACGAUGUGGAGGCUGAGGAUGCCAUUUACRACGCGGAUGACGUGUGGGCGGGGAAGGACAUGAUUGAGGAGAUUGCAGCCGCGGGGAAGGGGAAGGAGAAGGUGCACGAUGACCCACUCGUGUCUCGUGUGUGGGAUAGGUGGGGGGGCCUUGAUGCUGUGGAGGACCUCGACGGGUUCCUGCAUGGCUUCAGACACACCCUUCAUAUCAUGAAGGACAGUGAGGAGUGUCGCAGGCCGGAGGGGGGGAGCGGACGGGUUGAUGAGGGUCAUCAUGUGGACACAGGCUUUCAUUCGACUGCCUUUGACGGCGAGGUGGGCUGCAGUGCAGCUACCACUGACGUAGGGGCGACACACACGCCUCAGAUGUCAGUGACCCCCCCUACCACUCCGUUGUUUGGUAUGCCUGUUGAUGAUGGGGCAGGCGGACGGCCUUCAGAGGGACCUAUCCCAGGGAGUGUAGCAAAGGAGCAGCGUCCUGAUGUUGGGGAGCUGGAGGCAUCUCGUGGCAGGGAGGACCUAUGUCCCGAUGUGGAGGAGCAGGAGGCAGCUGCCAUGGAGGCAACUCCCGACAUGGAGGAGCAGGAGGCAGCAGCCAUGAGCCAUGGACAGCCGUGUCUCAGUCAGGAGGAGAUGGGGAUAGGUCACACCGAGCAUGCCUCCCCUGCACCCUCCAUCUCGGAGGUGGCCCCUGUUAUCGGGGAGGGCGUGAGAGGAUGUGAGCCCGAUCAGUCGUGCGACAUGGAGACAGAGCCCCCUCACACAUUUGAGAGCAUAGAGGCACAGAGAUCGUCGACGACAAUGAUUGGAGGGAGCCUUGCCGCUGCGACGUCUUCCGCCACACUUCGACCCACGUCAUUCUAUACUGCUCCUCCGCUGCCCGUCUUAAAGCAUUCUGUUGUGGUGCGGGGACCCGRAUUGACUAUCCCCUUGCAUUCAUCUUCUCGAGAGGAGGCGACUACAGUUGGACGAUUAUCAUCAUCCACGACCAGUGUAGCCGCACGUUCACACGAUGGCAGUGGUGAUUCAUCGAUGCCUCGACUUGCUCACGAUCAUUCACAGCCUUUGCGGAGGGGAUCGGUUGAUUUAUYUGCGCUUCCUCCACUGCCCGCCCGAGUGUCAUCUGUCAUUGUUGACAACACCGCGACGAGAGGGAAGAAGAGGAAGAUCGYUGAUACAUGUGCGGUAGAGCAUUCACGAGCACAGAGACCACCAGGGCGAGGUAGACCGCGCGGGCGCCCCCCAGGGGGUCGAUCAGGCAGAGGUAGAGGGAGGGUGGGUGUCGCUGGAGCGACGGAGAGGCUGUUGGGUUCAUUGGGUGCCAUCGGUGGAGGUUCGCCAUCACCCAUAUCCGCAGACGGAGUGAGGACUCGAUCCCGUGCUGUUGUGGGGAAGAGGACGCGUGUUCAUGUUGAGGAUGAUGACGGCACCGAUGAGCACGCCAGCAGUGACGGGUCUGAGAGCGAGCACGAGGCUCCACCGCAACCCUCAUGUGAUGAUGACGACGAUGACGCCGGAGGGGUUGAUGAUGAUGCUGCGGUAGAGGACGAGACACUGGUUGAUGGGUGCUGAUGUAUUUUGACUCUUUUUGUGUGUGUGUGUGUGUGUGUGUGUGUGUGUGU